AUGAAGCGUACGGUGAUACUCACGGAGUCGCCCGAUGAGCAUCUAGUUUGGAGCCCCGGGCGAGUCCUCAUCAAGCCAGUGCCAGAGUAUCUCCUCGAUCACAAGUUCUGGGUGCGAAACAUCUGCCCCAAUCGCGAGUUGUACGCCGUCGCGUGCGGGCUGCUUUUAUCAUAUGCAUGGCUCAUCGCCGGGCUGAUCGAUCUCCGAAUCGCCAAGAACGAGCACAUUCUUCCCAGCGACGUCAAGUGUCACCUACCCGCACUGAAUGAUCCUUCGGUCCAGCCCCAGCCUGCAAUUAACAACAAACGUUACGAGUUUGGCGAGCUGCGUCUUAGUCGCCUGAAUUAUAUAUACCGGCUCACACCCUCGAUAUUUUCCAUCCGUAACCUUCAAGUUGUUCUCGGGUUCAUGCCGGGCUCGACAUGGUACCAAGAGUUUUCUGAGCGCCAUUUUUCGUGGAUCCUGGCCGUACUCGUCUACCUGUCGGUCUUGUUAUCGGCCAUGCAGGUGGGACUGGCAACCGAUACACUGCAGGGAAAUCGGCGGUUUCAGAAGAGUUGCACUGUCUUCGCCUUGGCGUUUAUCUUCUUCACGUACCUGCUUCUGAACUUUCCCGACGAGAUGUCAUCGGACUCUUCUCAGAAGCGAGUCGUGGAAUCAGUCGACGAUAUCCAUGAUACGGGUUCCGACGGUCAUCGGGGAAAGCGAUCCAAGAUUGACAAGCCCUUCACCGGCGUCUCCAGCUCCGUUCGAGACACGGAAACUUCUCCGAGCUCUCUCGUGCCUGAAAAUAAAGCACACGAUGUUUUACAGCCGAAAGGCGACCAAGCCGGUGACCAUUCGGAGGCCAUCUGCUCUCCAGCACCACAAGCGCUUUCGCCCAAACCUUUGGCUCCAGAACCUGUCCAGGACCCUCCCCAGCAAUGCCACAAUAAUAAUGACAAGGUCUUGCAGAGCACUCAGGAAGAUAAGGCAGAAUACAUAUGCUUCGGGAUGCUGAGAGAUGUCGAUAUCAAAAUCCAGCCUGUUCUGGGUUCGUACUCUCUAAGCGUUGAUCAAUCAUUCGGGAUACCUGAUACGUUUGCUUCACUCACUCUCUCGAUAAAACCGUCGCAGAGUGAUUUUCUUUCGAGCGAGGGCGCUUGUAUUGCGACGAUAGAGUAUGCAACACACCGUCGAAUUAGCUCCAUAAAAGUCGAAGAGGACCCGAUCUGGCUGGGUGUGAUUCCAAAAAAGAAAAUCCGGCAGAAGAUAAGAGCAGUGACCAAGAGUUUUUCUUCAGGAUCUUACUCUCCAUCCUCUUGGACGUACAAAAUCAAUAUUCUUGCUAUCGGCCUCUCGACUAUUGCGAAACCCCUGGCAGACCAACUUACUCAGCCUCAGCAUGGUCGGCGUCAGUUGCAGUUGCGUUGUCCAGUCCCAAAGCCCGACCAGAUUAGGUAUUAUAAUCCCCAAUGGUCGUACACAUUGGGACCACCGCCUUCCGAACAGUUGAAACCACCACAUACACCGCGGAUUGCUAAUCAGAAGGAGUUGAAUGGUUCUGACGAGGCGGGAGCGAACAAGCGCAGACUUCGAAGAUGA